AGAAUAAAAAGGACAAAAGGUGUAGCCGCCAUGUUGGUUGACAUGAUAAGAGACACCAAGAACAAAUCUUUUGUAAAUGGUGGCUAUGACGUCACAUGCACCCAAAGAAUGCCAGGUGAUCUCGCCGAUUACUAUUAACCAAUCAGACUGCGAAUUGAGUUUCAAGUUAAAAAUCAAUCCCAUGCAUAAAAAUCCAAAAUGGCUAAUUAAUGAGCACAACAAAAACCAAUCCAAAACACACAUUUGCAAGCAAAAUCACAUUUAUUAGCAAAAAAUAAAAUACAUGCAUUAGAAUUUCGUUCAAGCCUGUCCACAGCAAAUGUUUGACACCCAAAGUAGAAAUAUUCCACAAAAUAUGUGCCUAAAAUAAUAAAAUAAACUGGCAAAUGAAAAGUGAGAAAGGAACGCGGUGACGACGAUUGCUUGUUCAGUAAAUGAAAGCGAAAGAUUCGUAAGUGAUCAAUACAAUAAAUGUAAAGCCUUUUUCCAUUAGAAUAGUGAUGAUCCAUAAGAGGCUAUCGGAAGUACUUCUCAACCCUUCCUAUUAGAACCAGUACAGGAAAGACACAAGACAGUUCACCUGGAACUAAUUUGAUGCUAAAAGGAUGAAGAAUCGACCUUCUGCUUGCAGUUGGAUUUCCAGUAAUCUUAUACUGGUACCACGAGCCGACACCAGUUAAACAUUGGAAUCAAGUAUGAGGUAGCGGUAGUUCACUUGCCUCUCACACCUCUGGGGUCUUGGGUUUGAUUCAUUCCUGGACUCAGCAUCACACAUGUCGCAAUCGAUCGUAGGAAAAACAAGUUGGAUUUAAACCAUCUAACGAUAAAAUAUGCAAAGAUACAAGGUUUCUUUUUUACUCUUGGUUAUCAACAUUAUCAAUUUCACCAUGGCAACAAACGUCAACAAUUCUUCUGGGUGGCCCAUCUGUAAAAAUAAAGGUUUCAGUGGCUGUAUCUGUACCAAUCAGAAAACAGCUCGAUGUUACAUCAGUCACGUGGCCGAUAUCGAAAAACACGUGAUCCAGCCAAACUGGUUUUUGCAACUGGACCUUUCAGGGAAUGGAAUUCAAUUCAUACCCAAGACGAAAUUAUCAAACUUCUCUAGCCUUAUCCAAUUGUCUUUAGCGAACAAUAGUAUACAAACUGUUAGCCAAAGAGCAUUCUAUGGUUUAGCACGACUAAGAGAACUAAAUCUCAGGGACAACACCAUCAAACAAUGGGACACGACGUCAAUAGGACAAGAUUUGCCAAGCCUCAGUUUACUGAACGUUGCGCGCAACACGUACUGGAAGCCUGACCAAAACAUCCUGUCUUUACCAAACCUGAAGGUCAUCUAUCUCCUGCUGGAGGUCACUAUACACGAAUCAUCAUCGUUUCGAUGUUAUUUGAUUCGACAAAAUAUGACAUUAGGGAAUGAAAACUACAGCGAAAUCUUGCCUAGUAAUGUUCAGGAGAAAGUUGACUUCACCACUUUUGCAUGGUAUGACAAGAUAAGUUGCAUAAAACGAAGCAUCAAUAUUCCUGAUAGUAACUUUCUAAAUGUUAUAAAGGAGCAGGAAUUGUAUUUCCAUUGCCAGGUUGUGCCACGCGACAAGAGUUUUCUGGGUGGUGAAGACAGAAAAAUGACAUCUCGCAAACUGAGCCACACAAAUGAUAAAAUAAGGCCGUGGUAUUAUAUAUUUAUGGUAGACAUUUGUUGGGAUACUGUAAACUUGGUUCAUAUUCCAAUUUUAUGUCUUGGACUUGUGGCCAUGGUUUUCAAUCUGAUCAUUGUCAUAACAACACUGAGAAGUAGAGUUCUACGAGAAUCUGUAGCACACGUUCUCGUGGCUAAUAUCGCUGUGGGUGACCUGUUGAUGUCAUUGUAUUCAAUAACACUCAUCAUUACUAGACGGAGCUUGUCUAUGAAGGAGUUUUAUCGCGUUCAUCUACCAUACUACUGUAGACUUGUUGGUUCCUUCUUGGUAGCUGGGCAGUUCGCUCAUUGUAUGCUCUCAUUGAUCACGACCUUAGAGAGAUACCUAGCUGUGGUAUACUGCAUGAGACCGCACAUCAGGAUCACCAUGCCAACGUGUCGGGUUGUCAUGGUGAUGGUUUGGAGUAUUUCGACUUCACUUGCAGCCUGUUCUGUGACGAAUGAAAGCUUUUCAAUUGACGACAUGUGCCUUCCCCAUAUUGAAGUUAACGACAUACCAGUUUUCCAUUACAUAGGUGGCACAGGACUUGCGCUGUACUUUCUGUCCAUUGCCUUAUAUGGUCAUAUGUACCUCGACUUCAAAAGGACCAAUCAGAAGACAGCCCAGCUACAAAGAGAAAAUGGUUUGGCGCGAAGGAUUGCACCCAUUGUAUUAACAAACAUUUUCUUUUUAAUUCUACCUGCGUUAAUACUUGCAAUUAUCUUUUACAUAUUCAAAAACUACAAAUUCAGCAAUACUUUGGAGGUUUUUUGGAGAACCUUUGGGAUAGCGUGUGUGGGGUUGAACCCAUUUCUUAAUCCCAUUCUGUUUUCAUUUAGGAACAGUAAAUUUUGUGGCCAACUUCGUCGAUAUUGUCAUUAUUUUAAUUGCAAUAAUUCUGUUUCUGACCGAAUAGUAUAGCUGAAAGAGUACGUUUUAAACUAGAUGAACGUAAUGGCUCAUGAUCCUUGAACUUGUGAUGCUAAUGUACCAAUCAGUUUAGGUUGUUUGCUUGUUUGUCUGUCUGUCUGUCCGUCUCUCAGUCUAUUUUGAGUCUGUUUGUUUGUCUUUCUGCAUGAUUAUCCGUCCGUCGCUUGUUUGUCUCUUUGUUUGAUUGUCAGUCGGUCUCUUUGCUUGUUUGUCUGUCAUUCCAAUUUUCUAGGGGAUGGUUUCAGGUCUGUCUGCUUUGUCUGUCUGUCUGUUUCCUUGUCUUUCUGUCCAUUUUUUUGUUUGUCUGUCUGUCCGUUUAUAUGUUUUUUGUCUGCUUACUUGAAAGACUCUUGAAACUUUCUUCGUGUCUUCAUGUCAGUAAUAUGAUGGGCAACAGCCUAGCCAAACAAUAACAGCGAAAUUAAUUUUUUUCUUCAAAUGAAUAAAUAAAGAAGAUGAUAUCCUUAUUCAGCUCAGCACUCUCACGAAUGUCAGGUGUCAAUACGGUAAACAAUAUAUAAAGAAAGGAACAAAAAACUAAGAGAGAAUUCAUUAAAAACAAACGAAAGUAAAAACCAUUUCUCGAAUGGAAAUAACAAAAGCAAGUAAGACAGCGCGUUUUUGGACCUUGAAAUGAGCACUUUUUUCCUACUUUUUUCUACAUCAUCACAGUUUAAAAAUAAUCCAGUUUGGAUGACUAAACUGACAACUUAAUGUUGUCUUUACUUCUCGCAAAGACCACAAACAAUAAUCUUGACU